AAGAGGUUCUUUUUUUGGUCUGUGUUCUGUUUUCUGGGUUGUGUUUAUGGGGAAAUGGCAGAGGUCAAAAUCAAGAAAUCGAGCGGACAAAAAGCGGCGAUGGAUCGAUUGGGUCAAUCACAACGCUGCCACUGCCUUGCGUGUCAUCUCAUUUGAUUGAUUGAAUUGAUUGUUUCUUCCUUUUGUUCUCUUUCUUCACUCUUUCGUUUCCUUCACCGUGCUUCCCGGUGGCUCCCGCUCCACAGCCGCCUCCGUGCGUCAGCAGUUUGCUGUUUUUAUCCAUCAGCUCCUCGCCGUGUCCCCAGAAGCAGCCUCCGCGUUUCUGGGAAUCCAGCUCCAGUUGUCGGUUCAGAUAUUGAGGGGAAGCUGAAUCAUUUGAAAGCAUCCUGAGCAACAAUACUAUCUCAAGCAAGUUUCCCUAGCUUUCUGAAAGAAACAAACUGCAUUUCGGUACACUCGGAAGGUAUCAAGAGAUAGAGGAAAACAAUGACUAAUCGUGUAUCCUCACAAACAGCACAAACAUUCUCUCACGGUGGAACUUCAGGACACCUGUUCUCACCACCUCCUGGAUCUGGGAAUGAUGCUUACUUUUCUGCAGUCUCUUACGGAUCACAACAUCAAAGCCAUUUGCCUAAUUCUCCAUUUAUUUCCAAUUCCUCCAUUGAUAAACUGCCUAUGCCACUGGAGGAUUCUACCCAAGCAGGACAGCCGGCAGAGCUGGCUAAUUUUCCUGAAGGAAAUAGAGAAGUCUCAUGGGGUACAGAUCAAUUUCAGGGAUUUCUAAAUUUCUCUGAUGAUGUCCCUGUCCAGAAUGGUCAGAUCGCACAGACAGAGACCACUGGUAAUGUCUUGGUAUCUGAUGACCAUGCUAAGAGAAGUGAUUGGCAGUGGGCGGACCAGUUGAUGUCUGUCGAGGAGGUACUGGAUCCAAAUUGGACUGAACUUCUUGCUGAUGUUGGUGUUGAUGUGACAGAGCCCAAAGAGAAGGUGCUGAAAGCAUUUCCUGAGGCCAUUGUGCAACAGUCACAGAUGCCUCAAGAUCAAAAUGUCUCAACUCCACUUGGAGAAUUUUCUCCUGAGGGUAAUCAGUUGUCCGCAGCACCUCAAAAUAAGGCACGCAUGCGAUGGACACCGGAGCUUCAUGAGUCUUUUGUGGCUGCUAUUAAUCAGCUUGGUGGCAGUGAGCGGGCUACUCCGAAGGGUGUCCUCAAACUCAUGAAUGUGAAAGGGCUAACGAUUUAUCAUGUGAAAAGCCACCUGCAGAAAUAUAGAACAGCGCGUUACAAACCAGAGUCAUCAGAAGGAGGAUCUUCAGAGAAGAAGAUGAGCGCAAUCGAUGAAAUGAAAUCUCUUGACUUAAAGACGAGUAUCGAUAUUACUGAGGCACUGCGCUUGCAGAUUGAAGUGCAAAAGAAACUUCAUGAGCAACUUGAGAUUCAGAGAAAUCUGCAGCUAAGGAUUGAAGAACAAGGGAAGUAUCUGCAAAUGAUGUUCGAGAAGCAGAGGAAGAUGGAGAGUGAAGGGUCCAAGGCUACUUCAUCUGCUGUGGCUGAUGACACUUCUCCAAGUGCCGUUCAGUCUGCUUCCGGGAACGACAAAACGGGAGCACCCGAUCAAAGUUCUCCCAAACUGGAAGCUGACCCUUUGAAUCCAUCUCCUGAAGGAAGUUCUCCAAGUGUAGGUGGAAAGCAUAAAUUGCAAGAAAUAACAGCCGAAGAGGAGGGGCCUUCUUCACCCAAGAGACCAAGGGAGGACAAAUCAAUUGAUUAGGCAGAGCUGCUUCUGCUCUGAUUAAAGACAUCGUAGAAUGUAGACUUCUUUUCCUGCUUCUGCAGGUUACAAUGUCGAAUCUUAGUCUCCAGUACUUGUAUUGUGGUGAAGCAAAUCUGCUGCUCCAAACCCCACUUGGAUGUCUUAAUGAUUAAUUGUGCAUACAAAGUUAUCGACUUCUAAGGAAUAAUAGGCCACCAUUUUGAUUGUUUCA